CUUGCUUGAAAUCGCUCUCGCAAAUUAGAAGAAUCACUGUACAGGGUUUUCCAAGACGGGGCAAAAUGAGAUUGGUCAAGUGUUGGUUUUGCUCUUCCACAAUAUAUCCUGGUCAUGGUAUUCAGUUUGUCCGCAACGAUGCCAAGAUUUUCCGGUUCUGUAGGUCGAAAUGUCACAAGAACUUCAAGAUGAAGAGAAACCCGCGUAAAGUGAAAUGGACUAAAGCAUUCAGAGCUGCACACGGGAAGGAUAUGACUAAGGAUAAAACAUUUGAGUUUGAGAAGAAGAGAAACAGACCUGAGAGAUACGACAGGAACGUAACCGAGAAUACACUCAAGGCCAUUAAGAAGAUUGAUAAGAUCAGAAGCGCAAGGGAAGCCAAACAUAUCGAAAAUAGGUUGAAGCCAAACAAACAGAAGAAAUUCCUUGACGAUAAAAAAGAACAUGAGCAGCACAUUCAUCUUGUCCAGGCUCCCGGGUCAGUUACAGGGAAGAUCAAAGUUGAUGUUUCCGAAAAGAAGUCUGUUCAAAACGAAGCCAUGGAAGAGUGAUUCUGUGGAAACAUUAUGAUCCCUUUAAAAGCCACUCACUUACUCUGAAGCUGGUGUCAUCUUAAAGAAAAAGCCUUCUUUAGUUUCUCUUUCCAUUUGUUUUUGGAGGUCUUUAAAAAAGAAAGUUUUGGUUUUUGUACUGAUAAAUUGACUUUUAGUUG